GUAGCUCAGCCGCUCACCUACUCAACCCAGUCUCGGAGAGCGUCUCGCGCCUGCGCACUCCACCCGAGAGAGAAGAGGCGGGACAACGUUGCCCCGCCCCCGCGCUCCCACGCCCCUCCAGGUGCGCGUGCGCCGCGGCUCCUCCUCCUUUGCUUCACUCCCCAUCGGAUCGGCGGCUGGCGGCAGUUUCUCUUGGCUGCUUGGCGGCUUCGCGCGAGCCCUCACGCUCUGCGCCCGCUUGCUCCUCCGCAGCCCAGCGGUAAGGCCAUGGCGUGGCAGCGGCGGGCUACGGCCGGGAUCCGAGCCCGCGGCGCGCUGGCGCUGCUGGCUUUGGCCUUGUACGCGCCCGGGUCCCAGAGCCGAGCGCUCGAGUGGUACUCGGCUGUGGUGGGCAUCGAGUACGUGGACCCGCAGACGAACCUGACGGUGCGGAGCCUCUCGGAGAGCGGCCGCUUCGGUGAUAACUCGCCCAAGGAGGACGCGCAGGGCCUAGUGGGCGUCCCGCUCGCGCCGGGAGGAGACCCCGAGGGCUGCGCGCCAGGCACGCGCUUCUUGGUGCCCACGCCUGGCGGCCAGGGGCCGGCGCCUUGGGUCGCCCUGGUGGCGCGAGGGGGCUGCACCUUCAAGGACAAGGCGCUGGCGGCGGCGCGGAGGAACGCCUCGGCGGUGGUGGUGUACAACGAGGAGCGCUACGGGAACCUCACAGCGUCCAUGUCCCACGCUGGAACAGGAAGUAUAGUGGUCAUUAUGGUUAGCUAUCUAAAAGGAAGAGAAAUUUUAGAUGUGGUACAAAAAGGAAUUCCAGUAAAAGUGACCAUAGGGAUUGGCACCCGUCAUGUGCAGGAGUUCAUCAGCGGUCAGUCUGUGGUGUUUGUGGCCAUUGCCUUCAUCACUAUGAUGAUUAUCUCCUUAGCCUGGCUAAUAUUUUACUAUAUACAACGUUUCCUGUAUACUGGCUCGCAGUUUGGAAGUCAGAGCCAUAGAAAGGAAACUAAGAAAGUUAUUGGCCAGCUUCUACUUCAUACUGUAAAGCAUGGAGAAAAGGGAAUUGAUGUUGAUGCCGAAAAUUGUGCAGUGUGUAUUGAAAAUUUUAAAGUAAAGGACGUUAUCAGAAUUCUGCCAUGCAAGCAUAUUUUUCAUAGAAUAUGCAUUGACCCAUGGCUUUUGGAUCACCGAACAUGUCCAAUGUGUAAACUUGAUGUCAUCAAAGCCCUGGGAUAUUGGGGAGCAGAACCUGAGGAUGUUCAGGAGCUGCCCACUCCUGAGUCUACCCCUGGAAGCAUUUCACCUGGGAAUGUGAGUGUAGCUUCACAAGAGGAGGGCAGAAGCAGUGGCAGUGGCAGCAACCUGCCAUCCUCAUCCACUAAUGAGUCUGGGCCACAGUGCCCUACCACUUUCAAAGAAGAUGCAGGGGAAAACACAGCAUUACUUGAAGCCGGCAGGAGCGACCCUCAGCGUGGAGGACCCAUCUCCUAGCGCACAUCCCUCACAGACACAUGGCUUGAACUAAAGAGGACAUUUUAUUUUUUUUUUUUUAUUUUAGCACAUAGUUUAUAUACUUGAAAAUAAUGUAUAUUUUACCUUUCAGAUUCAGAUUUUAUAUACAGAAGGCUAAGAUAUUUUACUCUUAAGGAGACUUUUUGAUUCGUCUUCAUAUAUUUAUCUACAAGAAUACAGUGUUUAUGAUAAAUUGUUUUGGACUAUCAGAGAUGAUGCCUAGGGAAGGCAUGCUAAUGUGGAAGUGGGGGGUGUUUCUAAAUACUACAUUAGCUACUACAGUACUGUAAACAAAGUUAAUUUUAUUUCUCAAGCUUUUUAGACAAAGCACACCAAUUUUAGAUUAGUUGAAGUGGAAUUGUGUGAUUAAAUUCAAUAAUUGAUCACAUGGGCUUUCUCUGAAGGAAAAACUUACUUUACACUUAAAAGAUGAGAAAUAUCUAGCUUUCUUGCACAUUUUUCAUUGUACAUAGAGAUUUCAGAACUUGAGAAAGCGAUUUCCAUUGUUGUCUGGAAUUAUGAGAAAAGCGUUAGAUGACUUUAGGAAUUGCAUUUUCCCCUUUAGUACGAACUACUUGUGACAUCUUAAUGGAGGGAAGUUUGUCCACCUUUCCUACAAAUAAAAAGAAUGGUGUGAAGGAAACCAAAUCCAUGACACUGAAGUACAUGAUGGUUCCCUGCCUGCCUCGCCUCUUCACUCCCUGGGGUGUGAUUGGCAUUCUGACUUUCCCAGCAGAAAACCUCAAAGGGCCAGAGAGGUGUGAGGACAUGGUCAUUUGGCAGGUGAUAUGAAGAUAUUAAAACUAAAAAAGAUCCUGAGAACCCAAGUGUUUUUUUUGUUUUGUUUUUGUCUAACGUAAUUGAAUUGAACUCAAUUAUACAAAAGUUGAUUGUACCGUAUUGAAUCCCAGUUAAGGAAAAGGAAUCUUGCUGUUGUCCAUGCUGGCCUGGGCCUAAGUGAUCCUCCUGCCUCAGAUGCCUGAGUAGCUGGGAUUUACAGGUGCACACCCCUGCCCACCUUCUUUUACUUUUAAACAUGUUUAAUGAAGAACCUUGUGAUGGUAUUUAAGCCUCAACUCUUCUUUUUUAUAAGAUACUUUCUAAAUAUAACUAUUAUUAUCUGUGAGCUAUAUAUUUAAAAAUAAAUUUGAGGUACUGGGGAUGGUAGAAUGAUUUGUCUAUAUGUGAGAGUCCUUGAGGUCAGUCCUCAGCACUGUGAAAGUGAAAUGAAUUUGAGACUCUUUCCUUUUUCAAAUAAACAGUGUAUGAGAUCUUGA